AUGGCUGCCAUACUCCUUCAAACUGUCACAUUUCUCGCAGUAACCGAAUUCUCGAGCCAGCGCAAACAGGAAAACCAAUCGAAAGGAGCGGAGCAAGUUAUUCAAAAGACAAUUGUUAGUGAUAAACCAGCACAGCCAGAAAAUACAACGCUGGCAAAGUCUACGUCAUUAAAACGUGAAACAAAGCCUGGACCAAAGAGACUCCGUGGUCUGAGGCCGUUGAAGGGGGAUGCGAAUGUCACAGCUCAAGUUGUCUCUGCCAUUCGACCCAUUUUCUUCUUUACUUCUUUGACAGGCACCACAGAGAAAAGCGCUCGAGCUGCAUUCGAGAGCGUGAAAUCCAAGUUACAAGGAGCACCGCAGAAUGCCCAGUGCAAGGUUCUGGAACCUGAAUUACAUGAUUUAUCCUACAUUGAUUUCGACGACUACUUUGUGACCGCACCUAAGCCACCGACAUCAGAGCCCGGAUUGUCGUAUCUGUAUUGCAUAAUACUGCCAAGCUAUGACAUUGACAGCAUCAUCAAUAACUUUCUCAACCAUCUAGACGAAACUCACAAUGACUUCCGCAUUGAUACUUCGCCAUUGUCCGGUCUGACCGGGUACUGUGUUUUCGGUUUUGGCGAUAAAGAAGGAUGGCCAACUGUGGAAGAAGGCUUUUGUUCCCAGGCGGUAGCCGUUGAUAAGUGGCUGGCCAAGCUGACUGGAAAACGGCGCGCCUAUCCUCUCGGGUUUGGGGACGCGAAGACUGACGGAGACCACUCUCUGCAAGAGUGGUGUGACGGGAUCGUUUCGGUGCUCCAUGAUAUAUCUGAGAAUGGUGGUGGCCUGGGUGAAGGUGUUCCGGGUAGCGGUGACCCUAUAGAAAGUGACGAGGAAGAUGCAGAGGAGGACAAUCAGCGGCCCCACAACCCCAGCCGCCCACGACGAACGAAAGCCAGAAAUAUCCAAGUCGCCGACCUUGAAGAUAUCAAAUUCAACCCGAAAGACCUUCUUGAUGAUGAACCUAUUGACUUCACCACUUAUGCUCCCACCAAGAUAUCAUCGCUUUUCAGCAAGGAGAUGGUACCGUCAACUUCUCCAACGUAUACUGCAUUGACGAAACAAGGGUACACUAUUGUUGGAUCUCACUCUGGUGUCAAAAUCUGCCGGUGGACAAAAUCAGCUCUACGAGGGCGUGGUUCGUGCUACAAAAACUCUUUCUAUGGAAUCAAAUCGCAUCUUUGUAUGGAAUCGACACCUUCCCUCUCAUGCAGUAACAAAUGCAUUUUCUGUUGGCGACAUGGAACGAAUCCGGUCGGAACCACGUGGCGCUGGAAAGUUGAUCCUCCCGAGCUGAUUUUCAAUGGCGUCAAGGAGGGCCAUUACAAGAAAAUCAAGAUGUUGCGCGGUGUUCCUGGGGUUAGGGCCGAGCGUUUCGCAGAAGCCAUGAGGAUCAGACAUUGCGCCCUGAGCUUAGUCGGUGAGCCAAUUUUCUAUCCUCACAUCAACGAGUUGCUCUCGCUUCUACACGGUGAGCACAUUUCCAGCUUCUUGGUCUGCAAUGCGCAGCAUCCUGAUGAAUUGGCUGCCCUACAAAGAGUGACACAGCUAUAUGUGUCCAUUGACGCCAGCAAUCGUGAAAGCCUCCGCAAAAUUGACCGACCUUUACAUCGGGACUUCUGGGAACGCCUCCAACGUUGUCUGGACAUACUUCGAGAAAAGAGAAAUGUGCACAGGACUGUGUAUCGACUUACUCUCGUCAAAGGAUUCAACAUUGAUGAUGAGGUCGAGGGCUACGCUGACCUCGUUGAGAAAGGUCUGCCUUGUUUUAUCGAAAUAAAAGGUGUGACUUACUGUGGAACGAGUUCCAGUUCAAAUGCGGGCUUAACGAUGCAGAAUGUUCCUUUUUAUCACGAAAUUGUUGCGUUUGUGGUCGCACUGAAUGAGGAGUUAGAACGGCGUGGCCUUUCAUAUGGAUUAUCUGCCGAGCAUGCUCAUAGCUGUUGCGUCCUACUUGCAUCCAAGCGUUUCCUGGUAAACGGCAAAUGGCAUACAAGAAUCAACUAUGAGCGCUUCUUUGAGCUCCUAGAACGUGAAAAGCAAACUGGUGAAUCCUUUGCUCCUGAAGACUAUAUGCGCGAGACCGAGGAGUGGGCCUUGUGGGGGAAUGGCGGCUUCGACCCGAAUGAUCAAAGGGUUCACACCAAGGGGAAGAAUAAGGGGAAGAUAGGUGUGCCGCCGCCAUCAGGCAAAGUGAUACUGGCUAGCACAGCUUGA